AUGAGUGACCCACUCCCGAGAACGGCUGGGGCCCAGCACAUCCGAAUUCGCAAGUCGCACAGCCAGCCCGACUAUGGCACCAUGCCCGUCAUGACCAAGGUCACAGUGCAGACGGUGAGUCACUCUGGUCGUCACCAUGCUGAUUGCGUGCAGGAAGGGCUGCCCAGUUCUCCGUCGCAAGCGAAGGCUGCAGCAGCCUCUGUGCAGGAUCGGAGCCGCUCUCUGACUGAUCCGUCCUACUUGAACCAUCUGCCCGUCCACUCGCCUCCGCACUGCAUCGUGCAAGACACGAUCUGCACGCCAUUCCUCGACACCCCGCAGGCGUUCCGCCAGUCGCCCUUCAAGGCGAUGGCCAAGGACUUUGCAUUUCUGAUCAAGAACAUUGGUCUCGUCCCGUCGAUCCUCCUCCCGAUCAACAACUCGCCGAUUGACCGGCAUAUCCGUUCCAAGGGUAUCCUAAGCGGCCUCUUCCAGGUCGGCCUGAUCUCGACAUCCCUGGUCCUGACCGUCGGCGCCGUCACUAGCUUCUUCACUUCGAUCCCUCCCAUGGCCGCAUGGGUGCCGGUCCUGACUGGGUUCUGCUGGGUUGGUCUGUGGCUGCAAGGCGGCCGCGUGAAGGAGAGUGACGGCGCCGUGAACUUUGUGGAGGGCCACGAGAAAGAGGAGUGGAUCUACAUAAACGGUAUCGCCACCGACGGCUGGACCGCGGAGGCGACGGCCGACUACCUCCAAAACUUGUUCCACAGGCCCAUCACUGGCGUCCUGAACAAGACGCUAGGCAUGUGGUUCGACCUGAUCGAAUGUAUCCUCCAGCGCGACCUCUUUUGGACCACGCAGGACAUCCGAAGCGGCUACGAGGAGCGCAUUGUGAUCAUCGCGCACUCGCAAGGAGGCAUCAUCUGCAGUGCCUGGGUGGACCAGCUGCUGUGCGACUUUCCCGCCGACACACUGGCCAAGCUGGAGAUCUACACCUUUGCGUCGGCUGCGAACCACCUCUCUCGUCCGCUGUAUCUAGCGAAGACGGCCGAGAUCGCGGACGCGAAGACGAUGCUUAACAACUGCUCCAAGAUGUCGUGGGACGAGGUGAAGACGUGCAUCCCGGCCGCGUUCCAAGACGCUGUCCACAUCGACGGCGCCGGGAACGGAACGAGCACGCACGGGGGCAACUCGCCUGUCUUGUCCACCACCCUGCGCGGAGAUCAGGUCGGACUGCGCGCUCUCAAGGCCACUCAGCCAUUCCACCGCGUCGAGCACUUUGCGAACGAGAACGACUUUGUCGCCCGCUUCGGCGUGCUUGGCUGGAGCCCGCCCAUGCCCAAGGAGCAGUACCUCGGCCCGCAGGACCGCAUUCCGUUGGAGAAGGGCGACUUUGGAGGCAGGGUGUUCAUGCGCCCGAAGACGUCAGGCCACCUGCUCCUUGCUCACUACCUGCACCCUACGAAUUCCAUUCUUGACGACCCAGUGGUCCGUGCCCACUCGCGGCUAGUCACCUACCUCGGCGGCGGGAACAGUCUCGCGAAUUCCAAUGUCCUGUCUGGCAGCCCUGUCGCCGACACGCCGUCUUCUGUUUCUGAGACGACUGCGAGCGCCUUUGCCAAGUCGCAGUUCUCCAUCAAGCAGCGCGAGCUGCAGAAGAACGGCUCCAAGCAGUCGCUGGAGGAAGAGACGGACGAGGUCUCUGAGAACGUCUACCACGUCACCAACCCACAAGACCUCCCUGACACCAGAUUCUCAGGCGCAGUCCUCGAGUCUUGGGUUCUUUGUAUCAUCGCUGCAUCGUCGUCCACUUCACCCUCGCGCCCGCCCAACCCAGAGAUCCGAGUGUGGACACUUGGCAACUGA